CUUGUUUGUUUGUAUUAUUGUUUUAAUGCGUCGAUGCAAUUCGAGGCUGCGGUCAGAAUUUAUAAAGUUUGGAAUCACGUGGGAGUUUCAGUAAUUACAUUGCAACGCCAAUAAAAGAUUGUUUUGUCUUUCCAUUAAAUGCAUAUAUGUCAACGAAGAAGACACCUCGUGCAUUAUACAUUCCACCACCAUUAAGAAACAAUGUGAACAAUGAUCUUAUCAUAUCUAAUGAUGUCCGGAAACCUUCAUCUAUCUCAGAAUCUUCGACGGUAAAUCUUUCUGUAAAUCAACAUACCGAUGAAAUAGAACAAUCCUUUAAGUCACUGCAGCUCUCUGACAAUCCCACUGAAGUAUAUGAUGGCUCCAAGAAGAACGUUUUCAAGUCGAAAUUAUUAUCAAAAAAUGAGCAGACUCUUGAACACAAAACGGAACCACGAUUAAAUCUAAGUGAUUUUCAGCAUAUUAUUGAAUUGUAUAAUCUUCCAAAGGAUGUCGAAAAUUACCAAUUAGAAUCUGAACUCGCAGGAUUUCAAGAUAGUGGAUUUUACCAAAAAUGGGUAGAUGAUGAACACUGCUUGCUUGUAUUUUCAUCUAGCGAUGAAGCACAUCGUGCACUGGCUCAAAUAUCAGGACUUUUUAUAAAGGCAAGAAAAAUAGAUGAUGCUUCUUUAGCUAGUAAACAGAAGAUUGCACGUUCAGCUGGUGACUGGUCAAUGCCGUAUAAAAAGCGCCCAGUAACAACCAGUUCAAUAGCUCAUCGAAUUAUUUCAAGUCAUUUAGGCAUUGCACCUAAUAAAAAGAAUUCAAUUGAAGAUACGACUAGAGAUGAGCAAAAUAAAGCUUUAUUACGAGAAGCACGUGUUCGUGAACAAGCAAUUCGUCAAGCACAAAAUUCCAUGGGGGAAGGUGAUGAUUAAAAAUCAGCGGAUGGUGUAAACAUUAUUGUUAUACAAAAAUUGUCUACCUGUCUAUCUAUCUAUGUAAUAUAUAAGCAGAUUUUUUCCCAUUGGUCGUUGUUUUCAUCGGUGAUUCUUUUGAUCUCUUAAUUUUAUCCAUCCAAGUACAUGGUAUAAUGUUAUUGGUUAGUCGGUUAACAAACAACGAAUCCGCACCACUCGUUGGUGCGUGAAGAAGUUCUAAUCUUAGGAGGAAGCAUACGAGCGUCAAAUGUUGAUGAGGAGAAAACCACAGCACCACCAAAUAGUUGUAACGGCGUAAUGCCACAUAAGUGGCAUCCUGUCCAACAAGCUUCUAUGAGUUCAAGUAGUGGAGCUGAGACGCAGAUAGCCACGCGAAAACGCUUAACAUGCUUUGUUUCCAAAAGGAGAAUGAACCUCGGCAACGUUCAUCACCAACGACGCCAGACCGAGAAACCUCAAGAUGCUGAAAGCUACAUUAAAAAAUGAUAAUCUAGUUCGGAUGACUGUUGUCUGUCAAUUUCGCCCUUCUGUGUAUUCGCGGGAAUCCGAUACCUUCGAAUGUGGUCAUCACCCCGGAUUAUUUGUCACUUUCGAAAGGAAGGAGGCCUAUGGAGAAACAUAUAUGUGCUGUGUACGCAGAUGGGACCUACUGAGAUUAACGGAGGACUACUCAUCUGAGCUACCUGUACAUCUGAAAUCUAAUUUUUGUUUAAUAAACAAUUUUUCAAUGAA